AUGCCGGGGGCGUCGCGAGUACUGCUGGGCCUGCGCUCGCUCCUGUCGGCGGCCAACCAGGCGCAGAGGACAGCCCUGGCCGCUCGCGCCGUCUCAGAGCUGGAGUGGCUCUCGACUACGGUGUCGUCGGUGCUGGAGGAGUGCAAGGCGUUCCUGGAGGGCGCCAUUGACGCCAUGACGCUCUCCGAGCCGGCCGCCCGACGCGACGGCUCGCUCACCUACGUGCUGAGCAGCCGGACCAUGCUCUGUCUGCACACGCUGCUGGAGCGGGUCACCCGGGCCAACAUCUAUAUACUGCAGAAACGGGAGUACCUCUCGGGCGUGGGCGAGGCGGGCGGCGCUCGCCUGCUCUCCCACAACGCCGAGCGCCUGCUGGAGCAGCUGCCGGCGCUGGUGGCGCGGCUGGAGGACGCCGCCCGCCUGGUCGACCAGCAGAUCAACUGGCGCGAGUUCAAGUUCUACUUCAUCGCCACCGCCUCGCGCGUGCACCACAUCAUGGAGCUGCUGCGGUCGCAAGCCGAGGUGCUGCGGCCGCUGGCGGAGCAGCUGCAGCUGCUGGUCGGCGAGGACGAGCUGACGCGCACGCUGGUCCGCCUCGGCCUGGCCGAGGCCUCGCCCACCGGCGAGCGGACCAAUCACACGCCUCUCGCCGAGCAGGCGGCCAAUCACACGCCGCUGGCCGAGCGGGCGACUAAUCAGACACCGCUGUGCGAGGCCGGUCCACAAGACGACACCCCGCGGCUGUCGCUGAUAUCGGCCGUGACGCGGCCUCCCCUCAGCCGUGACAGUGAACUCGCCCGCCGCUGCCACCGCCUGUUCGAGUCGGGCGAAAACACCGAUCUGAAGUUUCCCGUCCUCGGAGACUCAGUGCUGCCGUCCCUGCUGGGCACGCCCAGUCCCGCCAUCUCUGAGAAGCAGCCGACAGUUCUGCUUGCGCACGCGCCGGUGGUGGCAGCACGGUCGGAGUGGCUGCGGCGCGCGCUGGCCUCCGGCAUGCGAGAGAGCAUAGACAAGCAGAUCUCUAUCUGCGACGCGUCGCCGGCCAUCUUCCGCUCGAUGCUGGAGUUUCUCUACUGCGGUCACGUGACGCCGGAGAACUGGCCACCGGAGCAGCUGAUGGAGCUGAUGGUGCUGGCCGACCGGUACGAGCUGGACGACCUGAAGCACUCGUGCGAGGCCCUGCUGGAGACGCACAUCGACGAGGACUCGGUCUUCUGUCUGCUCAGCAUCGCCGAGCAGUACAACGCACGCAAGCUGAAGAGCUCUGCGCUGGAGUUCGUCGCCACCAACCCGGAGGUGGUGCAGACGGAGCUGUUCCUGGAGCUGAGCCCCAGCCUGCAGGCCGAGGUGGAGGAGACGGCCGUAUGGGCGCCGCCCAGGGCGCACCUGGAGUGUGACGCCUCCCACAAGCGGCCCCGCCCGGCGCCGGAGUCGCCGGGCGACUCUGCCGAGGAGCUGGUCAACCUCACGCGCGGCAUCCACCUGCGAGAGACGUCGCGCUCGUCGUCGAGCUCGCAGGAGGAGUCCGGCCCGCCGGCCGGCGGCCGCCUCGAGGCGUGCCUGCAGCGGCUGCGCAGCAUCGUCGGCGAGGACGUGGCGCGCGCCGAGCUGAUCCGCGUCGUGCUCGCCGCCGACUACGACGUCAACCGGGCGCUCAACUUCUUCUUCUCGGCCUGAGCGGCGCCCGCGGCGAGGGCGCGCGUCGCCCUCUGCUCCGGGCUGGAGCGGCGUGGGAGUGUGCGGGAGCGGGACGCGACGUGGUGA